GAUUGAAAGUGGCACGCAUAACAAUGACCAUCAGAGAUUAUCUCUAAAGGCAAAAAAUGUCACCACGUUUCUAUCCAAAUUUAGAGCUGUCGUGACGGAACUGUUAAAAACUCAAACUCCUAUUACAAAACGCUUCGUUUCAUUUAUAAUAAUUGAAGUUUAUACUGACCUUGACCAUCUUCUCCCACGAAUAUCACAUUCUUUCGCUCUGCAAUUCCAUGGAAUCCAAAGAUUUAACAGCUCCGGCGCCCUCACAAACCUCCCAAAACCCAAUUCAACCGAUAUCUAAUAACAGAGACUUCUUGAACCAUCUAGAAGCGUACCUGGCAAAACGCGAUGGUGUGGACAAGCUUCUCAAAAUCUCCAGAUAUGCAACCAAGAUCAUUUUAGCCUCUUCAGUGCUGCCUGAAACUCUUACUGUAACAGGACGACUCAAGAGCUUCGAGUCCAGCGUGGGACUGAGUCGUAAAGCCUUUCGACUCGGUAAAUUCAUUCAAGAUGUAAACGCUUUGCGAAAUUCUGGCAUAGAUUCCAGAGAAGAUCUUGUUCUCUCUAUUAUUGCGUAUGGAGGCGAAGGUUUGUAUUAUUUUGUUGAACAGUUUGUUUGGUUAGCUAAAUCGGGAUUGAUCGAUGCUAAACACUCGCGUAAUUUACAAAAGAUCAGCGCUUGGGCGGAAUUUAUUGGUUAUAUAGGUAGUAUUAGCAUAAAAUUUAAGGAUUUGAAGAAGAUUAUGGAAGACGAAGGGUGUUUGGCAUCGACUAUUGAGAUUGCGAUUGCGAGAGGAAAUCGAUUUAGAGAAGAAGAGCAGAGGAUGAAGAAAUUGAGAGAGAAGAAGUUGAUGAAGAAACUUUCAGUUGUUCAAGAUUUGGCUGAUGGGUUGAUGGCUUUAGCUGAUCUUCGUGAUGGCAAGGGAACACUUUCGGCUCCGCUUUUUGUGGCCUCUGCCGGUCUUUUAUCGGCGAUUAUUAGUUCUCAUAAGAAUUGGGUAUCUUGCUGAGUUUCACAAGAGCUCCUGUGAACGUGGGUGGAUUUGGGAAUGUGUUUUGUCCCCUUCUCUAAGGCAAAUACGCUUUGUCUUCAAUGAAUGUUUUAUUUGAAUUGCUUUCUAUUUGGUAAUUUCCUUCACUAAUGUAAUGGACAGAAAUAUAUAGAUGGUAUUCUCUUCUUUUCUAUCUCUCUCGAAGUUGAUUUACUUCUUUCUGGUCCGAUGACUGCUGACUUGAUUUGGUCUUCUCUCAUCCAGUAUCACUUAGGCCAUUUAAUGAUAAAAGUACUGGCGG